AUGAAAGAGGGAGACGAGCUCAGGAAUAAACACAGACUCAGUUUGAUCGCAGAGUCGGAACCCGACAGUUCCUCGGCUCUCGUCACCUACAACCCCGAACAGCUUCCCCCAGAAAACUCGUCCUUCCUCGAGAGGAGCUUUGUCUGUCGUUUCCGCUGCCUGCUGGACAACUCCUCCGGCUUCCUGGCGUUGAACAUCCAGGGCCGGCUCAAGUUUCUGCACGGGCAGAACCAGCGACAGGAGAACGGAGGAAAGGCCCCGCCGCAGCUCGCCCUCUUCACCAUCGCCACUCCGCUGCAGCCUCCGUCCAUCCUGGAGAUCAGGACCAAGAACAUGAUCUUCAGAACCAAACACAAGCUGGACUUCACACCUCUGGCCUGUGACGCAAAGGGGAAGAUAGUUCUGGGCUACACAGAGGCUGAACUGCGGGUACGAGGAUCUGGAUAUCAGUUCAUCCACGCAGCUGAUAUGUUGUACUGCGCAGAAAACCACGUCAGAAUGAUGAAGACGGGAGAAAGUGGUCUGACGGUGUUCAGGCUCCUCACCAAGGAGAAUCGCUGGAAAUGGGUCCAGGCUAAUGCCCGACUGGUUUACAAGAACGGCAAACCGGACUACAUCAUCGCCACCCAGAGGCCUCUCUUGGAUGAAGAGGGAGGAGAACACUUGCGUAAGCGCUCCAUGCAUCUGCCCUUCACCUACGCCACAGGCGAGGCUCUGCUCUACCAGUCCAACCAUCCCAUCGCGGGCUUCGGAGACGGAAGCCACGAGAAAAACGGCAGCAAAUCAAAGAAGAGCCGGACUGACAGGCUGGUGAGGGACGGUCUGGACCCUGGCUCCCUCCUGGGGGCGCUCAUGAGUCAGGAUGAGUCGGUGUACGUUUGUCAGCCGGCCCUGGAGCCCAAGAUGUCGUUCCACAGCACUUUCUUUGGCGAGCAAAUGGGCUUCUCUGACUCCGAGCCCUCCAGCUUGCACCGGAGCUGGGACGAGCCGAGCAACGGUGUGGUGGGUCCGGGCCUCGUCGAGCCGAACACGAGCUUCGACCCGCUGCUGGCGACUCUGGACUCGCUGUCCUUGGAAGGCCAGGGCGUGGUGGAUGCGGACGAGGGGGGUUGUUCUAACGGGGAGCUGUUUGGAGCUCUGGAGGGUUUGGGGCUGAGCGCCGAGGACCUGGAGCUGCUGCUGCUUGACGAGCGGAUGAUCAGAAUUGAGAUGGACCCUGAACGGGUGCCGACGCUGGACGACCUGCUGACGAACGACGAGAUCCUUUCGUACAUCUACGACUCCAUAGAGGGAAAGACCGACUCCGCAGAGCACAGGGGACAGGGGCCUCCUAGCACCACCUCCGCUACUGCCACAACAUUGUCCCUUCCCGAAAGUAAUCCCACCUCUGACACUAAUGUGCAAAUGCAGUUUCCUCAUCACAAGCCCCCCCUGGUGGCGCAGGCGCCCAUCGUGCAGCUGUCGCAGCAGAUGCAGCAGCACCUCAACAUGCAAACAGGUAAAGUGACGCACGACUGGGGCCUGCAGAGCGACCAUUUGACAAACACGAUAGUUAACGGAGAGCUGCGGGGGCAAAAUCAAUCGGUCUCUAACGGUCAGUGGACGGCACAAGGGGUUCUGACCAGUGCAGGGAUACAACUGGGACACUUGAACACGCAACAGACGGUUUUCAACGGUAAGGCCUCCGAGGUGGAUCAGCAGCAAACACAUCAACACUACCUGCAGCAGCAGCAGCCCAGGAUGCAGAACCAGCUCUCACAGCAGUGCCAUACCAAACACAAGGCGUCCAACCUCAACGGACUGUGUGGCAUCUCCAGCACAGAGCACGCAGCUGGGAAGUCCCAGUGGCAGGACUACGGAUUCGGAGAUUUACGGAGUCUGGGCAGCAGCACCUGCCUGGACAACAGCCAAAAACCUCUUACGAGCACCUCACUGGAUUCCUGCAUGGAUUACAGCAUGGCUGAUGUUGAGAACGCAGAUUACACCAUCAGCGGAAGCGGUUUGUUCGGGAGGAGCGGGCAGCAGCACGGGGCCGAGUCCAUGGUCUCGUCCUUCCAGGGGAUGAACCACAAACGGCCGCAGGAGCAGAUCUCGGUUCCUUUGGCUCAGGUCAUCUCCGGCCUGUCGCAGUGCCCUCCCCCCAACGCCUCCCUGGAGCAGAUCCUGGGUGUGGCUAAACCCUGCCGGCAGCUAGACCAUUACGGCAUGGUGACGUCGGAGAUGCCUCACGAUCCCAAUCACAGCAAGAUGGAGAACGGCUGCAUCCUGAACAGCACUUACCCAGGAGGCUGUGCUCUGCCCAACGGAAACGGACCAGCGCCCCCUACUGUCCAGAUGCCCGGCCCCGAGACUCUGUCAAGCCUCCCCGACCCUCCAGCCACCGGCUUCUACCUCUGACCGUCUGACCCGGCAACAGUCAACACACACUGUUACUGGCCAGAGACACACAAUGACUGGAGCAGCCUUAUAGAAACCAUAAGAAACCAAGCUGAACAAACGUAGGCCUAUGUGUAUUUCUUUUUCUUUUUCUUUUUUUAUUUGGAUUGUAUUUCUUUUUUGGGGGAGGAGGGGAUCACGGUGUUGUAUUUCAAGACAGAUUAUCAUACGAGUCCUUUGUUUACAAUAAUGCAGUCAAGAGAGCCGAGUUCCUU